AUGAGUUCUUCAACACACAAUGCGCCUAUUCUGAUUCUGAAGGAAGAAACAGAUACUCGUUUUGGUAUUAAUCAAGUAAUACGUAAUAUUGAAAUGUGUGAGAAGAUAGCUAAUAUUUUGAAGAGUACUUUAGGUCCACAUGGUCUAGAUAAGAUGUUUUUUAACGGCCGAGAUAUGUUAAUUACUAAUGAUGGAGCUACUAUCAUGAAAAGUCUGGAUAUUGUUGACCCAGCAGCUAAAGUACUGCUUAGCAUUUCGGAAUCUCAAGAUAAAGAUAUUGGUGAUGGUACAACUAGUGUAGUUCUUCUCUCUUCGGCUAUUCUGAAGAAGGUUAAGAAACUGGUUAAGGAAAACAUGCCGAUUGGUCUGAUAAUUAAGACUUUAGAAAAGAUGGCUAAACUAGUCCAUGAAAAAGCUAGAGAGCAGUUGGCUUCAUUCCAUCGUGAGUCUUUGCAAAUGCUAGCUGAGACUAGUUUGAACUCUAAGAUUCUUUGUCGCUACAAGAAACACUUUGGUGAAAUGGUGCUUAAGACUUUACAGGCUAAAGAUGCUGAUGUUUCAGUUAAGAAAAUAAGUGGGGGUUCGAUUGAAAGUAGCUUUUUAGUGGAUGGAGUGGCUUUUGCCAAGUGUUUUACUUAUGCCGGUUAUGAACAACAGCCUAAACGGAUUAGUAAUCCAAAGAUAGCUAUUUUAAAGAUAGAGUUGGAGUGGAAAAGUGAAGUGGAGAAUAGUGAGAUGCGAAUUUCUGGGGCUGAAGAGUAUGCUAAGGUUGUUUCGGCUGAGUGGAAGUUAAUUACUGAUCGUUUAGAUAAGAUUAUUAGUACGGGUGCUAAUGUAGUUCUAAGUACUUUACCGAUUGGUGAUUAUGCCACUCAGUACUUUGCUAAGCAUGCGGUCUUCUCGGCUGGUCGAGUGCCGGAAGAGGAAGCAGCUCGGAUUGUUCAUGCAUUUGGUGGACGUAUGGUUAGUACGGUUUCUUUGUUAUCCGAAGCGACUUUAGCGACUCAGUGUGUACUGUUUGAAGAGAAAGAGAUAGGCCGGACUCGGUUUAACUUCUUCUAUAAUACUGAGAAUAAGAGUGAGCGCAAAGAAGAUGUCUGUACGAUUAUCUUACGUGGACCUGGUUCUGAGAUCUUGGCGGAAGUAGAAAGGAGUCUGCACGAUUCAAUGUCGGUAACACGACGGACGGCUAGUAAGAAAGAGAUUGUUUCAGGAGGUGGUGCUUUUGAAAUGGAGAUAAGUCGGGAGUUAAGAGAGUAUGCUGCUCAGUUAGAAACGGCUGAGAAGUUCGUGGUUCAAGCUCUUUCGGAAGCUUUUGAAGUGAUUCCAUUCCAACUAGCGAAGAACUUUGGUCAUGAUGCUAUCCAGACGGUACAACUACUGAGAAAAGCCCAUCAUGAAGGUUUACGGCACUAUGGAGUUUCCAGUGAGGGAGUUGAAGACUCUUUCUCGGCCUAUGUGAUUGAGCCUUUGGAAAUCAAAACUCAUAUGAUGCAGGCUUCUAUCUCGGCGGCUAUUGCAAUUCUUUCCAUUGACUCAACUAUUGUCUCUGGAGCCGCCCAGAAGAAACGCUAA